UCUCUCCUCCCACUCUCUCUCUCUCUCUCUCCCCCUCUCUGUUAUAAUGGAGCGAUUGUGUAAUUCAUGAUUUUGGGUGGAGAACACGCUGUUUUACCUUUGGUUCUUCGUUAGUGUGUAAAGGAAAUCAAAGUUUGCCGUCUCGGUUAAUGCUUUUAGCUCCGAAUUUUACCAUUUAAGUUUAAAGUGGAGUGGAUAAUUUUGUUGCAAUGUGCUAAACCAUUAGGACAUGGGAGAAACAAUGACUACACGGGAGAAGAUUGGUAAAGCCUCCCAAGCAAUGAAGAAAUUAGGAAUAGGUGAAGAAAAAGUAAAACCAGUCCUCAAACGGCUUCUGAAGUUGUAUGGAAAUAUGUGGGAGUAUAUCGAGGAGGAUAACUACAGGACACUGGCUGAUGCGAUCUUUGAAUGCGAAGAUGAUGAGAAUGGUGAGAGAAAAGAGGAACACCCGUUUAAGAAACAGAAUAGGGGAAAUGGUGAGGAUAAGAUGCUGUCCAAACAGAAGGGCAAGAGCAUUGUUUGUAAAGAGGAGCUCGAUCUUGAUUUAGGCGACAAUGGAAAUCAGGUAGUGCCACAUGAAGGGAAGCCUGUUGAUCACUCCCCAAAAGGAGCCCAUUCUUCAAAUAUUUGCUCAGGAUCAGUUAAUCCUUCUUGUAAUGAGGCAACUGUUGCAGUUAAAAGCGAGCAAAAGAGGGUAUUCUGCACUGUUGAGGACAUAACAAGAGGCACUGAGAAAGUGAAGAUUUCCCUUGUUGAUGAAAUUGGGAAUGAGAAACUGCCUCAUUUUGUCUAUUUCAAUGAAAAUGUGACGUAUGAAGCUGCACAUGUGCAUAUAUCUUUAGCUCGUAUUGCGGAUGAGGACUGCUGUUCAGAUUGUAAAGGAAACUGUCUGUCGUCCCGUUUACCUUGUGCGUGUGCUGGUUCGACUGGAGGUGAAUACGCUUACACCACAGAGGGCUUGCUGACUGAACACUUUUUGAAUAAAUGCAUCCCUAUGGAAUCAAGGGAUAAGAAGCAUGCUGUCUACUGUAAUGACUGCCCUUUAGAGAGGGCUAAGAAUUCGGACUUGCCUGGGAAGUGUAAAGGUCACGUCUUGAAGAAAUUCAUUAAAGAGUGUUGGAGGAAAUGUGGUUGUGAUAUGGAGUGUGGGAAUAGAGUUGUUCAGAGAGGUAUAACAAGGAAACUGCAGGUCUUUAUGACAAGUAAAGGAAAAGGAUGGGGUGUACGAGCACUCGAAGAGCUGCCACAAGGGGCGUUUGUUUGUGAAUAUGUUGGAGAGAUUUUGACCAACAUGGAGCUGUACGAGAGGAACACUCAAAGCGCUGCUGAUAAUAAAAAACACGUAUAUCCAGUUUUACUUGAUGCAGAUUGGUCUACGGAAGAGAAUCUGAAGGAUGAAGAGGCUCUCUGCUUGGAUGCAACAAACUGUGGAAAUGUUGCUAGGUUUAUCAAUCACCGGUGUGAAGAUGCUAACUUGACUGACAUUCCAGUCCAGGUGGAAACUCCUGACCGCCAUUAUUAUCACAUUGCAUUUUUCACCAAACGUAAAGUGGAUGCUCUAGAAGAGCUUACUUGGGAUUAUAGAAUUGAUUUUACGGACAAAGGCCAUCCUAUCAAGGCUUUCCGGUGUCGCUGUGGAAGUGAUUUCUGCAGAGGUAAAAGGCGACGAAGAUAGAACUUCAAUUUCUACCCAUUCAAGAAUGGCUGCUUAUAAUAAUCCUUCUUGAGCUUAACUCAUUUUGGAUAACUUUUUGAAGAAUUUGGGUUGUAAGGUCAUGCGCAAGCUAACAUGAUCCAUAGAAUCAGCAUGAGAGUCACAUUUGAUUUGGUGUUUGUUUGCACAAUUCAUCACAGUUGGGAACUAUUCCACAUUUUGAAAAUUUAGGACAAAAUUGCACUCACUUCAUCUCUUUCAAAGUGAAGCAACU